AUGGCCCCAUCCCCUUGCAUAAGGAUGAAUUCUGUACAGGGCUCGCCUCCCCACGACUCCAAACCAGUACACCAAAAGGAGGAGACGGAUACCGACGGCGAGGAUCUUCAACUGAAAGACAUGACAACCGACAAAGGAUACAAAACCCAGCGGAGCAGCCUUCCGUUUAGUGUCGAAUCGCUGAUUUCGAAGAAGCCCACCUGUCGGACUCCUUAUUGCCCCUCCGAUUUGGGUUUGGCUCUUCCGAAACCCGCGGCGGCGCAGAACUCGCAAUAUUCCCCAAGGACGUUUUACGCGGAGAGGAAAGUUUCCGCGGACGGCUCCCACGCCGUGUCUAGCAGCCACGGCGAGGACAGUCCGCAGUUUUGCGAGAAGGAUCAGAGCACUUGGUUCCAGACGUCCUCCUUUUCGACUCCUCCACGAACUUCGAGCCCACCUCCGUGUACUUUAAGGAAACACAAGAAUAACAGAAAACCUCGAACGCCCUUCACUACCUCCCAGCUGCUGGCGCUGGAGCGCAAGUUCCGUCAGAAGCAGUAUCUUUCCAUCGCCGAGAGAGCCGAGUUCUCCAACUCCCUCAGCCUGACGGAGACGCAAGUCAAAAUAUGGUUUCAGAACAGGAGGGCGAAGGCCAAGAGACUCCAGGAGGCCGAGCUGGAGAAGUUCAAGCUGGCGUCCAAGCCCGUCCUGCCGGCCUUCGCCCUGCCGUUCCCCCUCGGAGCGCACAUGGGCUCCCCGUCCGUGUACGGAGCGUCCCACGGCUUCUCCAGGCCCGCGCUGCCGGUCCCGGGACUCUUCACUGGACCCGUCACCUAUGGAAUGUACUACCUGUCCUAG